AUGGCUACCCCCAGUGUCCUUACCUUUGAUGCCGAGGGUCGUGCUGUUUACUUUGAGGUCUGGGUCGAUGACCUCCAGCUCUUCCUACAGUGCGAUAGGGCAGACGGACUCUCCCUGUCUGAUCUCACUUCUGGUGCCUCUUCUGCCCCGCCUGCUACUGCUGACAGCACUGUUCGCUCACAGUGGGCCACACGCGAUGCUGCUGCCCGUCUUGCUGUGCGUCGCCACUUACCGACCGCUGAGCGUGCGCAAUUUAGUCAGUACAAGAGUGCUAAGACCUUGUACGACGCUAUAGUUGCACGCUACUCUUCCCCUACCACUGCUGCUCUUAGCCGCCUCAUGCUGCCGUACCUGGACCACUUCCUCUCAGUUUGCCCCACCACACUCACCGUUGACCUCCUCGAGGAGCGCCUCCUGGCAGCCUCUCGUGGUGACCCUCGUAUCCCCGUCUUUGAGGGGUGUUUCCCCUCCCCCCUCUUGCCCUCUGUUGCUUCUGCUGCUGCGGCCGACCUCGUUGGUUUCGAGUCGGUCGGCGCUGCAUCUACCCCUAGUGGGAGACGCCACACAGGCAAGGGCAAGGGGGGCAAGGGCACUGGAGGGGCUGGCGGGGGCGGAGGAGGUGGCGGUGGAGGCAGUGGAGAGGGUGGGGGUGGUGGUGGGAGUGGUGGCGGGGGUGGUGGUGUCGGUGGCAGCAGUGGAGGCGGAGGAGGCGGCGGCGGUGGCGAUGGGAGCGGAGGCGGCGGAGGUGGCGGAGGCGGCGGCGGUGGAGCUGGUCGUGGCUCUGCAGCGAGGAGUAGCUUCGGUGGUGGUCAGCGCCAGCAGCAGCAGCACACUCGUGAGACCCCGUCCCCCCAGCAGCUUCGUGAGUGGUACGCUGGGCGUCAGCGAGGUGGGUAUACUGGUCCCUGUACCUACGUCCUCCGUACCGGCGAACGCGCUGGUGAGCAGUGCGGGGGCUCGCACUCUACCUAG